AACUCUCAAACACACAUAUUUCCCAUUAAUUAACAAAUUGAAAAAAUAAAAUAAAAUAAAACGUUCUCUCCUUCGGCCUCCUCUUUUGCUUUGCUUUCUAUGCAUCUCAAAUUUUUUUCACACACACCAUGGAAAUGGUAUCAGCAGUUUCAAACCUCACCUUUAAGGUGAAAAGGUAUGAGCCAGAACUGAUUGUUCCUGCAAAGCAAACACCUCAUGAAGUUAAGAAACUCUCAGAUAUUGAUAACCAAAAAGGCUUGAGGAAGCACUCGUAUGCCGUCUGGUUGUAUAAGAAAAGUAGUAGUCCGUCGAUGGAAGGGAAAGACCCUGUUAAGGUGAUCAGGGAAGCAAUUGGUAAAGCACUUGUGUUUUACUAUCCAUUAGCUGGAAGGCUCAAAGAAGACACAGAUGGAAAGCUUAUGGUGGAUUGUGAUGGCAAAGGAAUGUUGUUCAUUGAGGCUGAUGCAGAUAUCAAGCUUGAACAACUUGGCGAUACUAUUAUACCUCCAUUUCCAUUUCUUCAAGAGGUUCUCGAUGCCAUUCCUGGCUCUGAAAGUGUUAUCGAUAGUCCUUUGUGGUUAAUUCAGGUAACUCGUUUGAGAUGUGGUGGUUUCAUCGUGGCAACACGUCUCAACCACACGAUGGUCGAUGCAUUUGGGGUUGCCCAGUUCAUGAACGCAGUGGGGGAGAUGGCAAGAGGUGCACAACGCCCAUCUGUUCUUCCUGUGUGGCACAGAGAGCUCUUAAACGCCCGAAACCCGCCGCGAAUAACUCAUAUCCACCAUGAAUACCAACGGAAUAUCAACGAUGCUAAGCUAGACAUCGAUUUAACCAACCUUUCGCACGUCUCUUUCUUAUUCGGUCCUGAUCAGAUAAAGGCCAUCCGGAAACAGCUUCCACCACAACUAGCUAACAGCUGCUCUCGUUUCGAGUUGAUAACAGCUUGUAUAUGGAAAUGUCGAACGCUGGCACUGAAUCUGGAUCCCGAAGAGGUUGUUCAAGUGAUGUGCGCUUUCAACGGACGAGGCAAGCGCUUCGCUUUGAAUUUGCCGGUUGGUUAUUACGGCAAUGCAUUUGUCUUCCUCACUGCAAUCUCGAAAGCCGGAAUUCUAUGCAAAAAUCCAUUGGGAUAUGCAUUGGAGUUGCUGAAGAAAUCUAGGUCAGAUAUGAAUGAAGAGUAUAUAAGAUCGGUUACAGAUUUCAUUGUGACUAAACAACCUGAUGGUUAUAAGUUGAAAGGGAACUUUAUUGUUUCUGAUAUAUCGAAAGUUGGAUUCGCCGAAGUCGAUUUCGGUUGGGGUUGUGCGGAAUUUGCUGGACAUCCUGGUUCAUUCCCUGUAGUUGCACACUAUAUGCACCAUAGUUGUGACGAUGGAGAUGGGUUUAUAGUGCCAAUGUGUUUGUCAUUGUUGGAUAUGGAAAGGUUCAAACAACAGGUGAAGAAAAUGAUUGAAGGGACAACAAAUACUUUUGAAACAAUUAAACCUGUUAAGAUUGUAUCCAUGCUAUAGUAUUUUAAUUGUCUUUUUUUUAUAUAUAAAUAAUGUGUUUUGGUGGAGACCAUAAUAUUGAAGAAUUAACCUUUUGCUUGGUCUAUAGGAAGAAAGUUGUGCUGUAAUUUGUCUCUCUCUUUGAUGCCCAACUUGGUAUUGAAGAAUGUCAAUGAAGAAAUUGUCAACUUUUGUAUUGAUAAAUUGGGAAAUUGAAGGAGAUGAAUUGUACGUUAAUUAAAUGA